CGCGCUCAGCUCACGAGAGCUGACCGUCUUCAAUUGCUCCUAGUCACUCUGUCUCUCUGCCCUUCUCCUUCUUGAGCUUCGUCGUUCGCGGUUUAGGUAUCUCAUAAUGGGUAAGGAGAAGGUUCACAUCAACAUUGUGGUCAUUGGCCAUGUCGACUCUGGGAAAUCGACCACAACUGGUCACUUGAUCUACAAGCUUGGGGGUAUUGACAAGCGUGUCAUUGAGAGGUUCGAGAAGGAGGCAGCUGAGAUGAACAAGAGGUCAUUCAAGUAUGCUUGGGUCCUUGACAAGCUCAAGGCGGAGCGUGAGCGUGGUAUCACUAUCGAUAUUGCCCUGUGGAAGUUCGAGACCACCAAGUAUUACUGCACAGUCAUUGAUGCUCCUGGACAUCGUGACUUUAUCAAGAACAUGAUUACUGGAACUUCCCAGGCUGACUGUGCUGUCCUCAUCAUUGACUCCACCACUGGAGGUUUUGAAGCUGGUAUCUCCAAGGAUGGCCAGACCCGUGAGCAUGCUCUUCUUGCCUUCACUCUUGGUGUGAAGCAGAUGAUUUGCUGCUGCAACAAGAUGGAUGCCACCACACCCAAGUACUCCAAGGCCCGUUAUGAUGAAAUCGUGAAGGAAGUCUCUUCAUACUUGAAGAAGGUUGGCUACAACCCUGAGAAGAUUCCUUUUGUCCCCAUCUCCGGAUUUGAGGGUGACAACAUGAUUGAGAGGUCCACCAACCUUGACUGGUACAAGGGUCCCACCCUCCUUGAUGCUCUUGACCAGAUCAAUGAGCCAAAGAGGCCUUCGGACAAGCCUCUCCGUCUCCCACUUCAGGAUGUGUACAAGAUCGGUGGUAUUGGAACUGUCCCUGUCGGUCGGGUUGAGACUGGUGUUGUGAAGCCUGGUAUGGUUGUCACUUUUGGGCCCACUGGAUUGACCACUGAAGUUAAGUCUGUGGAAAUGCACCAUGAGGCUCUCCUGGAGGCCCUUCCAGGUGACAAUGUUGGGUUCAACGUCAAGAAUGUCGCUGUGAAGGAUCUCAAGCGUGGUUAUGUUGCUUCCAACUCCAAGGAUGAUCCUGCCAAGGAGGCCGCUAACUUCACUUCCCAGGUCAUCAUCAUGAACCACCCUGGGCAGAUUGGCAAUGGCUAUGCCCCCGUCCUCGAUUGUCACACCUCCCACAUUGCUGUGAAGUUCGCCGAGUUGGUGACUAAGAUUGACAGACGGUCUGGCAAGGAGCUUGAGAAGGAGCCCAAGUUCUUGAAGAAUGGUGAUGCUGGGAUGGUGAAGAUGAUCCCGACCAAGCCUAUGGUUGUUGAGACUUUCUCGGAGUACCCUCCUCUUGGGCGUUUUGCUGUCAGGGACAUGCGUCAGACCGUGGCCGUUGGUGUCAUUAAGAGUGUGGAGAAGAAGGACCCGACGGGCGCCAAGGUCACAAAGUCCGCUGCUAAGAAGAAGUGAGGCUGCUGUUGAUUGCAGGAUUUGGGGGCUUUUAUCAUUUUAAGUGUCUCAUACAUGUCUUCAUUUGGAAGCCCUCGGUUUUUAGGUUUUGCCGAGAUGUUUGGUUAUUUGUUUUGAUGUCAUUUAGUCUUUAGUAACUCUGAGGGGGACAUUUUAGUUUGCCUUAAAAUUUUGCUUUUGCUAGACUCGUAUGGAUUCUGUUGGCGUUUAUGUUUUUCCUUUUGCUUAGUGCA